AUGUUAGCUGAUUAAGAGAUGAAGCAAGUGCAAAGAGGUUUGUUUAUUGUCUUUGAGGGACUUGACCGAUCUGGUAAAUCCACUCAAUCUUAAAGAGUAGCCAAAUAUUUCUAAGAAGAGCUCUAAAGAAAGGUCUAAAACAUUUCUUUCCCAAAUCGAGACACAAAAGGAGGCAAGAUUUUAAAUGAUUAUUUGCAAAAUAGAGAGUAAAAGUUGAAUGACAGAGCUGUGCAUGUGCUCUUUUCAUUCAACAGAUGGGAGAUGCAGCCAGAAAUAAUAGAAAUAUUGAAAAAUGGUACUAAUCUUAUCUGUGACAGAUAUGCUUUCUCUGGAGUCGCUUAUUCUGCAGCAAAGGGUUUGGACUUUGAGUGGUGCAAAAAUAGUGAUAGAGGAUUGAUCUAGCCAGACUUGACAUUCUUUAUUGAUGUAAAGCCAGAGACAAUCUAGCAGAGAGGGAACUUUGGUGAUGAGAGAUAUGAGAGAUUUGAAUUCUAGUCGAAGGUGAGCAAAGUCUAUGACAGUUUUAAGCAAGAUUACAGGGACAGCAAGCACUGGAUUACAAUUGAAGGAGAAAAUAAAACUAGAGAGUAGGUCACUGAGGAAAUUCUUAAUAAAAUAACUGCUUAUGAAAACGAUGUGAUGCCCCUUUUAGAUUUCGAUAAGAUGGCUGAGUCUCUCUUUAUGGAAGGCAAGCAAUGA